CCAGACAUUAAAGACAUACCCAAGGGCAUCGACGAUGAAGUGGACAAGGAUGGAAACACCAUGCUCCAUCUGGCGGUGCUAAGGAACGACGAAUCGAUGGUCUCAUGUAUGCUAAUCAAGAAGGCCGACCCUAACAAAUGGAACCACUUAGGAAACACUCCUGUGCACCUAGCAGUUUUACACGGAAGGAUAGAAAUCCUCCGUAAACUAGUAGCGUUCGGAGGGAACUUAAACAUGGUCGGUAACAAAGCAUUGCUGCCUGUGGAGAUGAUACCGCUAUCCGCCGACAAAACCUGCAUGGAAGCAAUCCUAGCUUUGGGACCCAACAUGAAAAGUAAAAACUAUAAAGGUGACACAUUCCUAUUGCACUAUCUCAAAAAAUACCCUGAUAGGAUCAACGACAUUAGAAGACUCCUCGACAAUGGCUGCGAUCCCAAAGCUACAGAUCGCGCUGGUAGAAAUGGUCUUUUCAUCGUGACUGCCCUCCGCUCGAAUCGGCAAAAGGUGGAACUUGCCAGAAUGCUGCUUGACUAUGGAGAAAGAGCGGACGCACCAAUGCUGCACAGGAUAGUCAUGGAGUUAACACCUGAGGAUAUCGGACAAGAAAGCGAGGAUCUCUUGGGCAUCUUCUACCACAACAAGAAUCGUAUGACCCGAAGGAGUCCAUACGAUACCCUUAGCUGUUCCAACAUGGUCAGUCAUUACGCUGAUCGUGUCAUGAAAGGGGCUACUCUAGAGAUACUGGAGUUGUAUUAUAACAUUUUGGGAAUAGAUGAUUUAAACCUUGUCCAUGAUGAGUGCCAAGCGGAGAUAAGUCUUCUGCAACACACGAAGAUAAAAGAUUACCCUUUAACAUUCUACGAGUACUUAUACUGCAGCUUGAGCGAGAACUGCAAGUUGGUCAAUCAGAAAGCUUUUAGAGACGAAGUAAUCAGAUGCAGUGAUUAUUUCUCCAUUUACUCGGAUAUGGUAUUGGAUAAAUUGAACAUUGGGCUCCGCUACCGUAAUGCUAAACGAGACUGUGCACGUUUCCUUCAAAGUUUGUUGCAUCUUCCGUAUGAAGUCUGUGUUAUGAUUAUCGACAAUAUGAGCAACAAAGAAGCUUUGAUUUUAUGCAGACGUUUGAAGUUGGAACACUAAAAAGCCGAUCAAAUCUCUUGUGGAAUAACGAUAACAUUGGUAGAAAGAGAUCUGAUUGGAAGGUACCUGGAUUUUAUGAAUUUUAUGAAGCAUUCAAAAAUAUUUUUUGUUUUUCAACAGAUAGGCCAGACAUUAAAGACAUACCCAAGGGGAUCGACGAUGAAGUGGACAAGGAUGGAAACACCAUGCUCCAUCUAGCGGUGCUAAGGAACGACGAAUCGAUGGUCUCAUGUAUGCUUAUCAAGAAGGCCGACCCUAACAAAUGGAAUUAGUUAGGAAACACUCCUGUGCACCUAGCAGUUUUACACGGAAGGAUAGAAAUCCUCCGUAAACUAGUAGCGUUCGGAGGGAACUUAAACAUGGUCGGUAACAAAGCAUUGCUGCCUGUGGAGAUGAUACCGCUAUCCUGGAAUUGUGUCAGCUCCAGUUCCCAAGAAGUUGUUGCAAAUCUAGUAUCCCUUCAAAAUGUCACAUUUUUUAUGUUCGUUUUCAAUGUUUUCUAUGCCAACUCUCCUAAGCCUGUGUGAAAAUUUAUGUCGAUAAGUUGCAUUAAGAAACCCAGCAUCUGCAUUGCAAUUUAUGUUAUAAUUCAUCAUAAUACAAUAAAACCUAAAACCAAGAAUUAUGCAAAUAUUAAGAAAUAUAAAAAUUUAAUAAUUCCCUUUUCGUUCACGACUACUUAUUCCUCUGUUGAAUAUGACUUCGAUAAAUUCAAAAUAGCUUUUCUAAUUAUUCUUUUUUUGUUUCAGUCAUUUUUUGGCCGAUCCUACAACAACAUGAGUUCGAUAUCGGAUUGCAAGAAUAACGGAGAAUGCGUAAUAAAUAAGAAAAACAGGACAGCCUGUAAAUCUUGUAGACUGAGAAAAUGCGUCCUAGUGGGAAUGUCCAAGAGUGGAUCUAGGUACGGCAGAAGAUCCAACUGUUUCAAAAUCCAUUGCCUUCUACAAGACCAACAACAAAAGCAACUUCAACAGAGCCAGAACAACUAUACUUCUAUGCCAGGCGUCCGACCACCUGAGAAAACCCCGCCUCCGCCACCUCACUCUAAUUUUGGCCUAAAUAUGCUUAGCAGCCAACAUUUUCCCCCGCCGUUCCUACACAUAAAAACAAAAGAAGAGCUUAUGCUCUUAGGUCUGGAUGAAUACAAAAAUUCAGCAUCUCCAUCGGUCAGCUCGCCAGAAUCACACAAUUCUGACUCUUCGCUAGAAAAUAGUGAUGCCAGAAGAUUACCUCUCUUCCAGGGUCUAAUUCCUCCACCUUUUUUACCCCCUCCCUUACUCAUACCCUCACCUUACUCCCAUUUUUAUCACGGACUGCUACAACCGACCCAACCUUCCAACAACAACAGGAUGAUGCAAAACCUAAACACAGAAGCAUUCAGCAAACGUGUUCACCUGGAUGCGAUCCUUCAGUCUCAAAGGACACCCACGCCCGAAGAAAUAGAAAAUUCCUCACCCAGAGUUUCGCCAACACAAGUCACUCCCAUUGACUUGAGUAUGAAAUCCAACAGUGAUAGUGGAUCAUCCCCAGCAAGAAGUGAAAUUUCUAGGUCGGCAAUAAUGGAUGUUCGAGAGAGUAGCGAAAGGGACGAUGAGAGCGAUUGUGAUACGGAAGUUAAAGAAAUGACUUUACGGAAGGAUGGAUAUCCUCCGUAAACUAGUAGCGUUCGGAGGAACUUAAACAUGGUCGGUAACAAAGCAUUGCUGCCUGUGGAGAUGAUACCGCUAUCCGCCGACAAAACCAGCAUGCAAGCAAUCCUAGCUUUGGGACCGAACAUGAAAAGUAAAUUAAAUAAAUUCAAUGCUUUCAUUAAUUGAAUUAUUGAAUGCACAUCAAUAUGUACAUAAAUAUUUAUACAAUCCAGCUGUGUCCCCUCAAGAAGCAUUCCUACGGUUUUUGAAAUUUUUAGUAGAAGCCCAAUGGGACUGGCAACCUAUCAUAAUCAAUUUCAAUAAUGAAUUAUAAGAGGAAAGGAUAUUCAGGCUAGAAACCGACAUGGAAAAAAUAGGGAAAACCAUCCAGAUUUGUUCAUUUUAACCCCAUACGACGAUAAAAUUCAUCAUUCACAGCAACAGCUCCAUGUAAACAAGUACUUAUUAGGCUUAAAGUUCUUGCUACUAAAUUCUUGAAUUAUUUCGAGAAAAUGAUUAUGGAAGAAUCUCUUUGUUACUGGAAGGACUUAUUUAUACCAAAUGCCACAGGAUUUGACUAUGUUUUGAAUGUAAAAUAUCUUUUGAAUCCAAGAAGACACGAGGCCUUAUCUAAUAAUGGAAUUGAUUCACAAAUAACUUACAUGGAGCCUAAGGAGAAUCAACAUAUGCCUGUUAUAAAGUUUGAUCCUAUUCAAAUUUUAUUCAAAGAAUUAAGGAAUACUUAUGGAGAUCACUGUGUCUUUUUCCGUGACACUUAUGGCGGUAGUUACAUAGGUGUUGUGUGGAAACCUGAUGUGCCCCUAGAAUGUAAAGAAGAUAUAAAAAGAGGAUUUGAAAUCAUAGGAAAAAAUAUAUUAAAAAAUAAUAAAUAAAGUAUUAUCAA